AUGGAGGAAGAAGUCGCUGCCCUCGUUAUUGACAAUGGUUCGGGAAUGUGCAAGGCCGGUUUYGCCGGUGACGAUGCGCCCCGCGCUGUCUUCCCAUCCAUUGUCGGCCGACCGCGUCACCAUGGUAUCAUGAUUGGUAUGGGACAAAAGGACUCGUACGUUGGAGACGAGGCACAGAGCAAGCGUGGUAUCCUCACCCUGAGAUACCCCAUUGAGCACGGUGUGGUCACCAACUGGGACGACAUGGAGAAGAUCUGGCAUCACACCUUCUACAACGAGCUUCGUGUYGCUCCCGAGGAGCACCCCGUUCUGCUGACUGAGGCUCCCAUCAACCCCAAGAGCAACCGUGAGAAGAUGACCCAGAUUGUCUUCGAGACCUUCAACGCACCAGCUUUCUACGUCUCCAUCCAGGCUGUGCYCUCCCUCUACGCCUCCGGUCGUACCACCGGUAUCGUGCUCGACUCCGGUGACGGUGUCACUCACGUUGUCCCAAUCUACGAGGGUUUCGCUCUUCCACACGCCAUCUCCCGUGUCGACAUGGCUGGUCGCGACUUGACCGACUACCUCAUGAAGAUCUUGGCCGAGCGCGGUUACGUCUUCUCGACCACCGCUGAGCGCGAAAUUGUCCGUGACAUCAAGGAGAAGCUCUGCUACGUCGCCCUUGACUUUGAGCAGGAGAUCCAGACCGCCAGCCAGAGCUCUUCGCUCGAGAAGUCCUACGAGCUUCCCGACGGACAGGUCAUUACCAUUGGUAACGAGCGUUUCCGUGCCCCAGAGGCUCUCUUCCAGCCAUCUGUCCUUGGUCUCGAAUCCGGCGGAAUCCACGUCACCACAUUCAACUCCAUCAUGAAGUGUGAUGUUGAUGUUCGCAAGGACCUUUACGGAAACAUUGUCAUGUCUGGUGGUACCACCAUGUACCCUGGUAUCAGCGACCGCAUGCAGAAGGAAAUCACCGCCCUUGCCCCAUCCAGCAUGAAGGUCAAGAUCAUCGCACCACCAGAGCGCAAGUACUCUGUCUGGAUCGGUGGUUCUAUCCUUGCCUCGCUUUCGACCUUCCAGCAGAUGUGGAUCUCCAAGCAGGAGUAUGACGAGUCCGGCCCCUCCAUCGUGCACCGAAAGUGCUUCUAA